AAGAAGGGAGAAGAAGUGUCCAGGAUAUGACGAAGAACAUGAACUGUCCCGCAUAAAUCAGGAGUUGAUGAUUAUCAACAACAUCAAUCACAGUCCAGCUCUCCCUUUGACUCACUAAGAGUCUAAGACCAUGGCUAUGGCUGCCUCUCUCCUCAACCUCAAAUCUCCCUUUUCAUCCUCAAUCAAACAUCUCCCAGCACCCCGUUUCCCCAGACCCUCUACUCUUCUUAGAUCCACCAUCACUUCUUCAUCAUCAUCUCCAUUUCUCUCCGCUCCGGCCACCCUCAAAACCCGUCUCCGCGGCGGCGAAACCCUCUACGGCCUCUUUCUGUUGAGUUUCUCUCCGACGCUUGCCGAGAUUUCGGGUCUCGCCGGGUAUGACUUUGUGGUUGUUGACAUGGAGCACGGCCCCGGAGGAGUUUCCGAUGCUUUGCCGUGUUUGCGAGCUCUGGCGGCGACGGCAACUCCGGCGAUUAUAAGAGUGCCUGAGACAUCGGAUACUUGGGCUAAAAAAGCUCUUGAUUUGGGACCUCAGGGAAUCAUGUUUCCGAUGAUUGACAGCCCUAAAUUGGCGAGAAAGGCGGUGUCGUAUUGCAGGUUUCCGCCUAAUGGGGUCCGUGGAUCGGCUCAUACGGUGGUGAGAGCUUCGGGGUAUGGAAUUGAUAAUGGGUACUUGAAUAAUUAUGAGGAUGAGUUGUUGAUAAUGUGUCAGGUUGAGUGUGAGGAGGCGGUGAAGAAGGUGGAGGAGAUUGCGGAAGUGGAAGGGGUGGAUUGUGUUCAGAUGGGGCCGUUGGAUUUGAGUGCUAGUAUGGGGUAUUUGUGGGAUCCGGGGCAUAAGAAAGUGAGGGAGAUGAUGAGGGUUGCGGAGAAAGGGGUGCUUAAGACGGGGAAGAAGAAAGGGAAAGAGUAUGAUGGGACCUUUUUGGCGGGGUUUGCAAUGCCACAUGAUAGUCCGGAGGAGUUGAGGAAGAGAGGGUAUCAUAUGGUUUCUGGCGCGGUUGAUGUGGGAUUGUUUAGGAAUGCUGCUGUGGAAGAUGUUAGGAAGUUUAAGUCGGGGUUGGUUGAGGCUGCGGAUGAAGGCAAGGAUGUUGAUCAAGAGCAACAAGAAGAAAAGUAUUGGAGUGAGUGAAUGUAGUAAGAAUGUUCUUAUGUUUUAGACUGAGGUGUUGUUUUACGCUUUUGUUUUAGUUUUUCAGAUUUGUGAAAAAUAUUUGAUGUUUUAGUUUGUAGAAAUAAUGUGCUUUUUAAUGAGCAUGAAGGUUCAAAACCUUAACAACCUCCAGAGGGGAAAUUUUCGCUUGCAAUUGAUCUGAAUCCUGAGCUGAACUUUACUUGA